UUCCAAAUUUAUUGGAAAUUGCAAAUUAGGGAUAUCAGAAUUCGAAGGAUCAAUUAAUUUCGGCCUUCUUACGAGUUUUAUCCCGACUGGUCCCAAUAAGUUUUUGAUUGUCAAUCCGCGACUUUUGGGUCUGACAUGGGCUUUUAUGUGAGUCCACGCGCGAUUAUUCGGCGAAUAGUUUCUUGAACAGUCAAGACAGCAUCGCUCGUUUCGGUCGUGCCUUAUUUAACGGAAUUCGCAGAAAAUCUUAAUAAAAGACGUGAAACAUCGUUUCGGCACUCGCUGCGGCCUUCUUACCGAAGGGUGAACGUAGGCGUACCAUGUGAAAGAAUUCGAAAAUGUUGACACCUGCGUACCGGCACGUACGAGCGUGAUGAUUCCUCCGCUGGCGCUAUUUUGCACGCUACAUUCGCUGAAUGAGAAUUGACGAACGCAGGAUCCCCAAGCCCUGAGUUAGCCAAGUCACGCGUAAAUUGAGACAUGAGUGCAGCCGUAAGUUAUACUCCAUGAAGAUCGCGAUUCUGGAUCAUCCGCACAGCGAAAUGGAAAAGGCAAUUCCGCUUGAAAGUCCAUCAGCCAUCGUGAACAACACAUCAUCAUCUGAGGUACAAAGCGGCGAAAUGGGAACGACGAACGCACAAGCAGAUCCGAACCACACGAGGAACGAGGUGCAACCGGGAGGCGGCUCCAUCGACGCGUUCUUCGCCGAGAAGGUGAUCCUUGUGACCGGCGCCACAGGCUUCCUAGGAAAAGCCUUGCUCGAAAAAUUGCUGCGCUCGUGUCCUCGUUUGGCCACGAUCUACCUUUUAAUCCGCUCGAAAAAGGGUCAAUUCGCCGAGGAACGUUGCAAGGAACUGCUGAAAAAUCCCGUCUUCGACAGGAUUCGAUUGAAUUUUCCUGGUGUCCUAGACAAGAUCGUCCCCGUGAGCGGCGACGUGGGUAUGCCGGAACUGGGCCUCCAUGCCGAGGAUAAGGACAUGCUGAUACAAAGGGUCAACAUCGUGUUUCACGUCGCGGCUACCGUGCGCUUCGACGAACCGCUCAAGGUGGCUGUUAAUAUGAACACGAAAGGUACGGAACGCAUACUGGAUCUCUGCAGGAGCAUAAAAUGUCUCAUCAGCAUCAUUCACGUCAGCACGGCUUACAGUAACGCGGACCGACGGGAGAUAAACGAAACGAUAUACAGCACGCAGGUAAAGCCGCACACGGUGAUCGACAUGUGCGAAAAUCUAGACGACGAGACGAUGAACAUAAUAGAGAAGAAGCUGUUAGGCAAACAUCCGAAUACUUACACGUUGACGAAGAGUCUGGCGGAGCAAAUUGUGCUGAGUAAAGGGAACGAUUUGCCAAUCGCGAUUGUACGGCCGAGCAUAGUGUGUGCCGCGUACCAGGAACCGUUUCCGGGCUGGAUAGAUAAUGCAUGCGGCAUCACAGGUAUAAUGACGGAGAUGGGCAGGGGUACCGUGAGAACCAUCAUUUGCGAUCAAGAUUUGGUUGUGGAUGUUGUACCUGUCGAUUACGUGAUCGACACACUGAUCUGCGCGUGUUGGCAUAACGCCACGCAACGUAGCAACACGAUAAAGGUCUACAACUGCACCAGUAGCACGAUGAAUCCCAUCAGAUGGCGCGAAUACGGUAUACUUCUGAAGAAACACGCCAUACAGAACCCGUCAAAAUACGUGAUGUGGUAUCCGGGCUUCACGUUUAGAACAAAUAAAUUCCUUCACGUCAUCUUGGCGGCCACAUUGCACGUGUUACCCGCGUUCGUCCUUGAUCUUUUAAUAAAGGUCCAAGGUGGCAAACCGAUAAUGAUGAAGAUCGUCAAACGAUUCGAACGCGCGGCGCAAACCGGCGAGUUCUUCGCGACGAACGAGUGGAAGUUCUACUCGAACAACAUGACGGAGUUGUUGAAGUUUGUGACAGCGUCGGGAAAUUGUGAGGACUUCAACUUGGAUUUCCGAAAUCUGGACUGGGACACGUACAUGCGUCUGUACAUGUUAGGUAUCCGAAAGUACAUCCUGAGGGACGACCUGGACACGUUGAGCAAAGCGCGAAAUCGCUUGUCAAAGCUGUAUUGGGUACACAGAUUAACCCAGAUACUCAAUGUGCUCGUAUUGUUGUGGAUGAUCAGAUCUGCCUUUCGGUGAUAUCAUCGAGAAUUCCUCGUAAGAUCGCGGAUCGCAAUUCACGCGACUCGACGACUAGUGAUACCGCAGAAAUGUUGCGAGGACAAACGCAUGAUUUGUACACAUUGGAUGGUAAUUUCACGGUGGUACUAACGCGCGCGAAAGGGACGCAGAAUUUCACAGGAUUUCGUCUUGAGAACCAAAUGUCGUCAGAACCAAAAAUCGUCACAAAAUUGCGUGUGUGAAAAAAGGAGAAGGAAAGAGUAAAUAAAAUACUUUAUUCUCUUUUUUUAUAUAUAUAUUUCUCUUAACAGUCUGGAUUCUAUUUGCCUGUACGCUGCAACCAAAACUCCCGAGAAGGCGGGAGAAAGGUAGAAAAGUUUUCUUUAAGUGUCGCGAGAAUAAAUGCGCAUGAUAACCUCCCUAAGUGGAAAUUACAAACGCGCGAGAAAGGAACAUAGAAUUUACGUUUCAUCUGGAGAACUCGUCGUCAGACGAGCAAAAUCGCACGUGUGGAAAAAGAAAAGAACGCAUGUAAAAGAGGAAAAAGAAUUAAACUUUUCUAAACUUUUUUAUUUUAUUUUAACUCCUCUUAACGCAGCCAGGGUUCUGUUUACCUGAAUGAACCGGAACACCCAAGAUGGCGAGAGAAAGGUGAAAAGAAAAGGAAAAAUAGCAAGUUCCUUUAAAUGCAGUAAAAUCCGUCACGUCGUUCCUCUAUAUAUCUUUCAGAAUUUACACACUGUAGAGGCUUUUCGAGAAACAAACACGACUCUCUGUUGACGAAGUAUUCUCGUUGAAGUCGAAGUGAUACUGGAUCGCAGCUUCUUGCUCUGCAUCUCUCACGAACUACCAAUACGAAAAUACCAAGCGGGCCUUUCGAAACACGCGUCGGACCAAUUGUAUUACGCGAAUAUCACGUCCCUACUGACUAUAAUUUUAAUAAUACGAUACGAGUGAACCGAAAUUUUAUCGAUGCAAAUUUUGUCGCUACUCAGUAAAGACUGACUCUAACGGGGUAUAUUCUGAAAACGUCAUCAGAUACGUACACACGGCGUACCUAACUCUGCGUUGCCUUACAAAUAACGUCGACAUCGAGGACAAGUUAUUUUUGCUAGUCUACAUACUCUUGCGAUAAUCACGACCGAGGUGGUCGGCUUUUCUACCGUAACAGGCUCACGGGCGAAUGGAAGAGGGCGGUAUGGAUGAAACAGUUAACACUCGUCCAUUUGCGAAUCCGUAAUAGGGAACUUAGGGAUAAGACAGGGAUGCUAAGAGAAAAUAAUGAAUAGAAACGAAACAAUCUUAAUUCAGAUAAUUAUUAACGUUUCUUUUUAUAAUCAACUUUAAUUGAACUUUGAUUAUAUAUAAACAAAUUGAGAGAAAGAGAGCUUUUUUUCAAAAACCUCUGACCUCAUUUUGCCUUAUAAUUCGCGAUAAGAUGGGAUAGCGUUGAGGAUGAAAUGGUUGAAGACAAACGACUAAUCUAUCAUGAAAUAUAACAUAUUACGUGUGAUUUACUCUCCUCUUUUCGUGUCGUACCACAAACACACAAAGUUAUCUCGACACGGUAUCGAGCAACUCGUAAAAUUACAUCGGAUUUAUUGGUUUUCAUCAACUCACUCGAACUUGCGACAUAGUGGCUCCUAUACCGAACUAAAGAACAUAUUGGAACGAGUACUGCCUUUGUUUCUGGCAGAUGACCUCGUGCCAAGAGAACAAGUAUCCAAGUAGUAUGUCCAUCUUUGUCUUAUCUUAGCCUAUAUAACAUGUUAGUAAGACUACAUAGCAUGUUAGUAAGAACGAGAUAUAAUUUAGAUGUGGCCUUUGCCGCACAGCCUCUCUAACAGGCCUCCCUCACGCCAGUGCUCGUUCCAGUGUGUUCUUUAGUUCAAUGAGCUCCUGCUACCGUUCGUCACGUGCAACUCCAAGUCUAUAGUUGCGUGGUUAUUUCUAUAUCCUUGUAUCCUGACAUCCUAUACACGUGUUAAAGAAGUCUCAUGACCUUUGUGAUCUGAUUUUAGACGUUGUGCUGUCUGGGAUAGCGUUUCCCCGUCUUACCAUGCGACCCCGUCUUGCCUCGAGUUCUCCUAUAAGCGGCGUCGAUAGAAUUAAGAGAUAAGAGAUAACGAGUUCAUAUGGACAGCUUGUUACAGCUUGCGUUAAGUGUAUCGACGGAGCAGCGUUCAUCAUUGAUGCGACGGACUAAAGAUGCGGGUGCGCAAGUAUUAGGUGUAUAUUUGUAUAUUGUGAACGAAGCGCAGCCGUAUACAUGUGUGUAUAAGUAUUUCAUGUAUGUAUAUAUAAUAUAUACAUACAUAUAUAUAUAUAUAUAUAUAUUUACAGUUUAAUUCCGAUGUGUCGUGGGAUUAUUGUGUACAGACUAGUUUCGCAGACGGCGUACUUUGAUUCGAGCUUUCGUGCAGAAUUCCUAGUUAUCUGUGAUUGUUAAUUCUAAAAAAUUUGUCUCACACAUGAUAGAGAUCAUCAUGGAAGUUACGCGAUCACUACGUUAUCUUUGGCAAAUUAUUACGUUGAAUUAAACUCACGAUCGAGGGAGAAAGAGAGAGAGAAAAUUGUAUUCACUUGUCGGAAAAUUCAGAUUCGGGCAAGAUUGACAAGACGAGACUUUACUUCAUCAUCUUACAAACGUUGACAGUAUUACAAUUUUAGUUGAACGAGCGCAAUGUCUCUCUCGGCAUUCAAAUCGUUUUUUUGUGCGCGUGACAAUGUAAAAUAAGUAAUACAUAUCUCAAUGAACUAACGGGAUAUACGUUAAGCGACCUCAUAAUUUUAUACAAAUCAAUGCGCAUAAAACUGUUGUAAUACUUUUGUCAUAUAUCAAA